AUGAGGCUCAAUUUCGUGUUUCUCGCACCUUGUCUUGGGAUACCUAUCAUCCAUGGAAAACCUAUUGAACAAGGGCAGAAAGAACCUGCUUGCCGAAAGACGAAAGUCGCAAUCCUUUAUGUUUCACUGACAAUUUUUGUCAUUUUAUUUGCUGGUAUACUUACAGAAUACAGAGGUGCAGGUGUUGCUGGGAUUACUACUGCGCAAACACUUGCAAACCGAUCGAUGACAGAUUUUAUCAUUGUUGAAUACCAAGAUAGAAUUGGCGGGCGUUUACAUAAUGUCAAGUUUGGGAAGAAGAGAGACGGAUCCCCAUAUACCGUUGAGGCUGGUGCAAACUGGGUUGAAGGGCUAGGCGGAGGCAACCGCCCGGAAAAUCCGAUAUUCACACUGGCUGAAAAAUACAAACUUCAAGCCCUGGCGACAGACUAUGACAACAAAACAACAUACGAUAGGACCGGCAAGAAUGAUUUUUCCAAGAUAAUAGCAAAUGCAGCAUCUGCUAUGGAAAAGGUGGUUACUCAUGCCGGGUCAAUGUUAAAGAAUAAUAUUCAAGACAAAACUGUCCGUGCGGCCCUUCGAUUUAUGGGAUGGAAUCCAGCUGCGAAUAAUGCACAUGCACAGUUUGCAGACUGGUUCAGCAGUGACUUCGAAUCUAGCUUCACUCCAGAGGAGAAUUCUGCAGUUUUCUCCUCUGUUGCCGACAACGCCACUUUCAAACACUUUUCCGAUGACAACCUUUUCGUCUAUGACCAAAGGGGCUACAGUACCUUUAUAAGAGGCGAGGCUGCCACAUUCCUUCAGCCCAAUGAUCCUAGACUGCUCCUGAAUACCGUUGUUCAGGUUGUCAACUACACGGACAACGGUGUGACUGUCGUAACCAACGACGGUGGCUGCAUCCAAGCUGAUUAUGCAGUUGCAACAUUUUCACUGGGAGUUUUGCAGCGUGACGUGGUACAAUUCUACCCUCCAUUCCCUAGCUGGAAAAAAUCUGCCAUCUCAAGUUUUGAGAUAGGCACAUAUACUAAGAUAUUCCUUCAAUUCGACAAAGCAUUCUGGCCAAACAGUCAGUAUCUUAUGUACGCUGACCCCCGUGAGAGAGGUUACUACCCCCUUUUCCAACCGCUAGACCUUCCGGGUGCUCUCCGAGGCUCUGGAAUCCUUGUAGGCACCGUUGUGGGUAAACAGGCACGCAGAGUCGAAGCCCAAACAAACCAGGAGACCCAGGAUGAAAUUAUGAAAGUGCUUCGGAUGAUGUUUGGAGAAAACAUCCCUGACCCAACUGCUAUUUGGUAUCCACGGUGGAAUCAGGAGCCCUGGGCCUAUGGUUCCUACUCAAACUGGCCUCCAUCAACCAGUCUGCAGGCACACCAAAAUCUCCGUGCAAACGUUGGCCGACUCUUUUUUGCUGGUGAGGCGACAAGCCAGGAGUUUUACGGCUACUUGCACGGCGCUUUAUUUGAAGGCCGUGCAGUAGGACAGAUGCUGGCCACUUGCAUUAAUGAUCCAGUGCGGUGUACGGAUAAGUAUGGGCAACCACGGUACCCGAUACUCACUGGAGUCACUCCUUAUGAUCUAUAUAAUGAGAAAAAUGGAUGGUUUGUGAGUACGAUAGCUUGA